AUGGGGCCAUUUUCCAGCAAGAAUUCAACACUUAGUUUGACUUUCUAUGCCAAAGAACAUUGUAAAAUAAAGAGGGCUAGAUCAAAGUCCAAGCAAAUCGAGCAGGAAUACAGUGUGCUUAAGUCCAACUACGAUCACUUAGCUCUACAGUUUGAGGCAUUGAGGAAAGAAAAUCAAACAUUGGUUAUCCAGGUGCAGAAACUCAGAAAGAAGGCUGAUUGUGAGGAAAAUGACAAGAAUACAUUCAAAUUGGCAGCUUCUGAGAUCUCAAGAUUACUACUAGACAUCAACGGCAAUGAGCUAUGUGGCGAACUGAAAGCAAGAGUAGAUUACCUGGAGGAAGAAGCAGAUGCUGGUGUUCUGUAUAUGGCUCAGAUUGCUGAAAGUUCCUUAGCAUCGCCUGAAAAUGGUUGUAGCUUAGAAUCUUGUAAUUUUCUUGAUAAUACUGAAGGUAGUGCACAGUGGUGGGACUUCUAGUUCUAAAAUAUAGAGUGAAGAUACGUUAUGUAAACUCAUACUGCAUACUUCUUCCAACUUUUAUUUAUGUUUGCUGUAAUCCCCCUGUAAAAGCAAAGCCAUCUCAGAUGGAUUUUCGUGAUCAUGAGGCAGAAUCCAGGAUUAGCCUCGUGUUGCUUUUAAAAUAUGACAUUCUGUUCCUUAAGUUAAAAAAGCAUUAAGUCUAAAGGGAAAAAGUAAACAUAUGCUAGCAGGUAGAAACACAUGCUGCCAUGUAAUAUUGAAAAAUAUAGGACAGCCGUAAAUGAGGCUUGGAUGUUACACAGAGCAACAAAAUCUGUUCCAGCAAACUCAUUUCACGUAAGUAAAAGUUGUAUCGAAACACUUACCAAACCUUUUGCUUAGUGGCAUAUCGAUUGUAACAUGGUGAGAUUUCAGAACCCAACCAUCAGAGUGCAAUUUGUAAUUAUUCUUCCAGGAAUUAGGAAUCGCAAAAGUACUAAAACUAUAUAUUUUCAUUGAGGUUCUGGAAAAUCUGAAUGAGCUUGUACGAGCAGUAGGAAGCAGAAAAUUGGUCCUUCUAGCUAAAAGUUUUGGUUACUCAGUUACUCUGCUGAAAUUACAAAGAAGUAAACAACACAGUGGAUGAUUGAGAAAGUCUGUGCAUACAUGCGGCAUGCCCAUAGCUCAAUCAUGACAAAAUCUUUAUACUAAUUCAUAUACUAACAAAAAUUAAAGAGCUUUUCCAAGAACACUGAAACACUUGACAAACAUGGGGGAAUCAUCCCCAGAAAUGUUAACUAAACAACUCACUGCUGCAGAUGCAAAACGUAUCUCCGAGUAAGCUUCAUCGUCAUCAAGAAAUACCUUAUCUAUUUCCGUAGUCAGGUGCACUUAUAAUAUCUUACUAUUAAAAAACAAAAAGAUCAAAAGAAAAGCAUUCAACUAAUCAAUUCAGAUAUAGGAUGGUAAGAUGGAAAAACCUUCUCCAAUUGA